AUGCUUAUCCUUCCAUCCCACCUCACUCGACCCGCCACUGCACAGGCAUCGUAUCAACUAUUACAUGAACUGAAGAGUCAACCAGGCGAUUGGAUCCGCGUCUUUGAUCGCUGUUCCAAAAUCGCGUACUAUUGUCGUCUAUGGCCUACCGAAAUUGAGCAUGGUCAUGUCAUUUGUGAUCCCCGUAUACAACAACAACAUAGCAGCAGCAGUGGUGGUGGUACCCUACCGGCAAACGAUAUUACACCCAUACGCGCUUUCCAACUGGCUGUCAAUGUGCAGGUGAUCGUGCAAGCAAACGGAUCGGAUCAGCUCCAAAUGGACACGCUUGGGUUCUGUUGGUCAAAAGGCAACGAGACUCAAAAGAUUGAGUACAUCAGAAAUCUAAUGGAUGGCUUGCUUGUGGAAUCUGGGAUCGAGAUUGUUCAGCCUGCAAUUGUUGUCAAAGUCAUUUCCACUUAUCCAAGGAAUAUACCUGUACUCACCUCACCUGGAACACGUCUUGAGAUGACUACUACCGAUGAAAGCGGCGAGGAACUCACCGAGAAGCUACAACAAUUGAAUUUGACAGCCAAGCCAACAGGAUUGGAGAAAGCAUACGAUCAGCUCUACACCGUUGUAAGCUAUCCCCUCCUCUACAAAGAUUGGAUCAAUGAAUUGGGUAUCGAAUGCCCAAAAGGAGUGCUGCUUUAUGGUCCUCCAGGCGUUGGCAAGACAUUCCUCGUAUCCACGGUUGCAAAGGCUUGUGGUGCCGAUUUAUUCGUGAUCCAAGGCUCUGAUGUUGUUGGCUCUUUUAUCGGUGAAAGCGAACAAGUGCUAAGGCAGAAAUUCAAUGAGGCUCAAUCAGCAGCGACACACAAUCACAAGCCCGUGUUAUUGUUUAUCGAUGAAAUUGAUGCUCUUGCUCCCCAUCGUGAUCAAUCAGGUUCCCGUGACAAUCGAGUGGUAGCUCAGCUGUUGACAUUGAUGGAUGGUAUCGAAAUACGGGAUCGCCUUAUCGUCAUUGGUGCUACCAAUCGCCCCAACGUCAUUGAUGCCGCUUUGCGAAGACCGGGAAGAUUCGAUCGUGAAAUAGCCAUGGAAGCACCCAGCUUGGAAACACGAGAGCUACUAUUUUCGACAUGUUUGAAAACCAUGCCCAUUGAUGAUCGCGUCAAACCAAGCACGCUUGCAAGUAAUACCAAUGGAUACGUCGCAGCGGACAUUGCAGCUGUAUGUCGUGAAGCUUCCCUGUUUGCACUACAACGCAUUUCAAGUCAACAAUCCAUGUCCAAUUUCCAACUAGGAAUGGAGGAUUUCAAGGUAGCCUUAGGACGUGUACGGCCAUCAAUCCAACGAGAUGUUCCCGUUCAAGAAGAGAAAAAGGAUUGGAAGGAUAUCGGUGGGCUCGAGGAUGUGAAAAAGAAUCUACAACAAGCGGUUGAAUGGCCGUUGAUAUACAAGGAUGCGUUUUCCAGGCUAGGGCUCAAAGCACCCAGAGGUAUACUUCUCUAUGGGCCUCCUGGUUGUAGCAAGACGACAUUGGUCAAGACGAUUGCGUCUUGCUCUGGGACCGCCUUUUUUACCAUCAACCCAGCACAGCUUUACUCGCCUUACGUUGGUGAUUCCGAAAAGAUCAUCCGUACAGCCUUUCGAAAGGCUCGUGCCUCAGCACCCGCUAUUAUCUUUUUGGAUGAAACUGAAACGAUGGCAGGAAAGCGUGACAUGGGCCAUGGAUCCAGUGGAGGAGGAGGAGGAGAUAGCGUACAAGAAAGAGUGUUAUCGACGUUAUUGAACGAGAUGGAUGGCGUUGAAACAGCUGCAUCAGUACUUGUUGUGGGUGCGACAAAUAGACCUGACAUGUUAGAUGCAGCUCUUCUUCGACCGGGACGCUUUGACCGAAUGAUCUACGUUCCGCCUCCUGAUGCAACAGGCCGAUAUGAGAUUUUGAAAAUCCACACAAGGAGUACACCGCUGGGAGAAGAUGUAGAUUUAAGGAUGAUUGCUGAAAAGACAAACAUGUACACUGGUGCGGAUCUAGAAAACCUUUGUCGUGAAGCUGCCAUGAUGGCCUUGCGUGAUGUCCCUUACUCUGAAUAUGUGGAAAUGAGACAUUUCGACCAAGUGCUUAAACUUGUACCCCCUUCAAUAUCACAAUCGAUGAUGGACAUGUAUGCAAAUAUGCAAGAUGAAAUUAAAUUAUAA